AUGCCGCCCAUGCCAGCCAUGCCAGAACGUCCGGAUAGUCUUGGUUCGUACGGUCAACCUCCGCCCCUCGACAACAAGUACGGCAGAAUGGCACCACCCACUCUAGAUACGAGCGCAGCGAACAUGCCAUACAUGCGCCAGAGCCAACUUACCCCGAUCAGCACAUCCACCGGAUCGAUCAGCGUCUCGCCAAAGACACCUAACAGCCAGGCCAUGGGUCGAUCAGAUGACUACUUCCAGCCGCAGAUCGCGAACGAUUACAACUCGAAUCAGCAGGCCCGACGUCCAGGAGGAUAUGGAGCUUUCGACGACGGCGAGGAGUUUGGAGAUCAGAUGUACCCGAACGAACCGAAGAAGCAAGCCCCUAGCCUGCUCCAACGUAUGAACACGAUCGCCCCUGGGCCAUUCGAGAUGGGUCGAAGGAAUGGAGGAGGUGCGCCACCUGCUGCGAAGCUGGCGCUGCGGCCUUCGAGAAAGCAGUCUUUGACGCCGGAUGAUGGCUUCGGCGAACGGCCGUUGACGUCUGCGUCGAACAACUCAUUCAUGUCUGCCGGCAGCAGUGGCAGUAACCCCGGUGGGAUCGCACCACCCAGACUACCAAGGAAGAACGGAUAUGGAGGAUUCGGCCCCCCAGGAACAACGCCCGACGAAUUCGAGCCUGAACCUUACCAAAGCCGUGCAGGCACUUUCCCCCGUCCUAGCGAACCUAUGGAACCUCCUGCCAGAACGCCGUCAGCUCCCGGCCUUCGACCCGACAGAUUGAGCAGACCAUCUAACGGACCUGACCACGAGAGAAAGCGCUCCAUGGGCCCCGACACAUCCAGGCCGCCACCACCGAGAACGAGUCUUCUGCGACCGACAACUUCGGGAAGAGACGGUGUGCCACCGGUCGACCUGGCCAGCGAGUUUGGAGCAAGCAACCCGUAUCACACGCCGUCGGCGUCGACAUCGUCAGCAUCAGGGGCUUCCAUGUUUAGUCAUGGCCGUCAGGCAAGCUCACAAAGCUCACAAUCUAGCUCAGCACAGCGCUCGCGCCGGAACCCUUCGGAUGUUACCAACUUUGAUAACCUUAUGAACGACAUUGAGUCGUCCAUGAACGCCAUGUCACCAACUAAAGAAGAGAUGGCGCCACCGCCUCCGCCGAAGCAGGCGCCCAGAGAUCCUUAUUCCGGUCGUCGUGGCCCCUCCGAGGAUCUCCGCAACGACCCCGCUAUCCAGAGUGGACGAACUCGCGCGAGAUCACCUCUUGGUAGACCAGAUUACGAUGCUCGCGACCCCAAGGAUCGCUACGGGCAGGGUCAUGAACGCCAACCCAGUGAUCUGCGAAGCGUUUCAUCUCCGCCCCGCAACCGUGGACCCUCCGCUGCACCUUCUCGUGGGAACUGCAAGUCUUGCGGAGAUCCGAUCAAGGGCAAGAGCAUCUCGUCUGCCGAUGGACGCUUGACCGGUCGUUACCACAAGGCCUGUUUCGUCUGCACGACCUGCCGCGAGCCUUUCUCAUCUGCCGAGUUUUAUGUUCUCGACGACAAGCCGUACUGCGAGCAGCACUACCACAAGCUGAAUGGAAGCUUGUGCGGUACCUGUGGACGCGGCAUUGAGGGCCAGUACUUGGAGGAUGAAGAUCGGAUCAAGUACCACGUCGGCUGCUUCCGAUGUGGCGACUGCGGCAUGUCACUCUCCAAUGGUUACUUCGAGGUCAAUGGCCGGGCAUACUGCGAGAAGGACGCCUGGCGCCGGAUGCAACAGUCGGCGAGAAGACCCCCGCCUGGCGGUCUGGACGUUCCCGGACCCGGAGGACGCGGCGGACGCCGACCUAGCAACGGCCAGUCUGGCAUGCGACCCCCCAUCGGUCUUCCGCGCGGCCAGCGGGUGCCUCCUGGAGGUGGCCUCGCUCCGGGAGGUCUCGCCGCCCCGAUGCCUCGCAUGAACAAGCGCAUGACGAGGCUCGGAAUGAUGUAA